AUGGCGACCGCAGAGAAACCCAGCUCCGACAGCGGCUGGGCCAGCAAGGUCACGUCCUCCGUGAAGAAGGCGGUCGGCAUGCAAUCCAAGGAUGAUUCCGCCAGCAGCGCACCCGAGGUCGCCGGGUCUCUGAAGAAGGGCAAGCCCAGCACCCUGGAGAUCCCCGAGGGCCCCCAGGCCAGCGAGGCGCCCGCCACUCCCGGGGUCACUCUGCACCAGCCCCGCCAGGCCACCUCCCCCGGCUCCGUUACCUCCGAGAACGCGCCCACCCCAGGCGACAAGGAGUCGGAGAUCGGCAGCCCCCGCUCCCACGCCAUCCAAGGCGAGCGGGUGCAGGUCGAGCGCCUCGGCGGGCCCGGCGAGGCCGCGCUGGCGGCCGUGGGCGAGGGCGAGGAGAUCACCACUGUGGACGCCCGCCCCGACUUCGAGGUGGAGUCCAUGGCCGCCGCCGACGUGGCGAGCAUCAAGCAGCAGGAGGCCGCCCUCGUGGCCGCCCAGCGCCAGCAGGAGCUGGAGGAGAAGGAGGGGGAGCUGCAGCGGUUGAAGGAGCAGGCCGAGACGCUGGAGGUGGAUGCCGAGGGCCUGCUGGCCCAGGCCUCGCUGGAGAAGCUCAAGGUGGACCAGGCAGAGGAGAAGCGCGCCGAGAUCGAGGGCAACGAGGCGGCGCUGUACGGUGAGGCGGAGGCCGCGGAGAAGGAGCGCCGCGCGGUGGUGGCGCGCGCGCGCCCCAUCGCGGCGGAGGCCGAGGCCCGCGAGCGCGACGCGGCGGCGGUGAAGGCCCAGGCGGCGGACACCGAGUACCAUGCACAGGUGCUGGAGGCGCGAUCCCGCGCACUGCUGGCGGAGUCGGAGGAGCUGAAGACGCUGUCGGAGAGCAAGGCCGCGGAGGCGGAGCUGUUCGCUGCGGAGCUGACCAUCGUGGAGCAGGAGCGGGAGGAGAUCGCGACCAAGGCGGCCUCCAUCCACUCCGGCGACCUGCCCGCCCGCAUCCAGGCCAACCAGGUGGAGAUCGGGGUGUUGUCGGCGCGCAUCAAGAAGCUGCGCGACGAGAUCGAGUGGGCGGAGGCAGAGGUGCGCAAGGUUCGCGCCGACGCCGACGACUGGCAGCGCAUCGCGGCGCGGAAGAAGCACGAGACGGCGGGCCUGACGCUGCGCAUCAGCGAGGCGCGUGAGGCGGCGCGCCUGGCGCUGGAGCGCUCGCGCGAGGCCGCGGAGGAGGCGCGCGCGCCCUCGGAGUUCGCCGAGGCCAAGUACGGCGAGGCGGCCGAGCUGGCCAAGCGCGCCGAGGCGCUGGAGGCGGAGGCCGCGGGCCGGCGCGAGGAGGCGCUGGCCGUGCUGGGCGACGCCGCGGCCCCCGUGGCGCUGCGUCAGGAGAAGCUGCGCGAGGCGGCGGAGGCGGAGGCCGCUGCGCGCGCGCUGGAGGCCCAUGUGGCGCUCGUCCGCGGCCGCGUGGACCGCCGGCUUUACGAGUCGCACGUGCGCACGGAGACCGCGGCCGUCAAGCGCGGCGAGGCGGGGCCGCUGGAGGCGGAGGUGGAGCGCGCGCGCGCUGAGACCACGCAGCACGAGGAGGCGGCGGAGGAGUACGGCGCGCAGGCGGAGCGCCACCUGGAGGCAGGGCCGGCCGUCGUGGCCGCCAACUGA